AUGGGGUGCAGCAGAAAGGCAGCAGUGGCACGCAAAAGAAACAGCAGCAGUGGUGGCAGCAGAACAGGCAGCAGAAAGACCAGCAGUCGCGUGGCAGCAGAAAAGGCAGCAGUGGCGGCAGCCAGGCAGCAGAAAAGGCAGCAGUGGCGGCAGCAGAAACAGCAGCAGUGGUGGCAGCAGAAAGAACAGAAACAGCAACAGUGGUGGCAGCAGAAAAGGCAGCAGUGGCGGCAGCAGAAAAGGCAGCAGUGGUGGCAGCAGAAAGCAGCAGAAAGAACAGAAACAGCAAUAGUGGUGGCAGAAGAAAACAGCAGCAGUGGUGGCAGCAGAAACAAUAGCAGAAAGAGCAACAGUGGUGGCAGCAGAAACAGCAGCAGUGGCGGCAGCAGAAACAGCAGCAGAAAAGGCAGCAGAAACAAUAGCAGAAAGAGUAACAGUGGAGGCAGCAGAAACAACAGCAGUGGUGGCAGCAGUAAAGGCAGCAGUGGUGGCAGCAGAAAACAGCAGCAGUGGUGGCAGCAGAAAACAGCAGCAGUGGUGGCAGCAAAAAGGCAGCAGUGGCGGCAGCAGAACAGCAGCAGUGGUGGCAGCAGAAAGAACAGAAACAGCAACAGUGGUGGCAGCAGAAAAGGCAGCAGUGGCGGCAGCAGAAAAGGCAGCAGUGAUGCAGCAGAAAAGGGCAGCAGUGCGGCAGCAAAAGCAGCAGUGUGCAGCAGAAAGAACAGAAACAGCACAGUGGUGGCAGCAGAAAAUGCAGCAGUGGCGGCAGCAGAAAAGGCAGCAGUGGCGGCAGUAGAAAAGGCAGCAGUGGUGGCAGCAGAAAGAACAGAAACAGCAAUAGUGGUGGCAUUUUCUUCUGCCACCACUAUUGCUGUUUCUGUUCUUUCUGCUGCCAUCACUGCUGCUGUUUCUGCUGCCGCCACUGCUGCCUUUUCUGCUGCCAUCACUGCUGCCUUUUCUGCUGCCGCCACUGCUGCCUUUUCUGCUGCCACCACUGUUGCUGUUUCUGUUCUUUCUGCUGCCACCACUGCUGCUGUUUCUGCUGCGCCACUGCUGCCUUUUCUGCUGCCACCCACUGUUGCUGUUUUGUUCUUACUGCUGCCACCACUUGCUGCUGUUUUUGCUGCUGCUGCCACCAUGCUGGCAGCAGAAACAGCAGAAACAGCAGCAGUGGUGGCAGCAGAAAACAGCAGUGGUGGAGCAGAAACAAUAGCAGAAGAGCAACAGUGGUGGCCAGCAGAACAGCAGCAGUGGCCCGGCAGCAGAGAGAAACAGCAGCAGAAAAGGCACGCAGAAAACAAGAGCAGAUAA